UGAAAAACACAAUUGUCUUCCGAACAGGGGAAAUGGUGUUCUUGCCGUUUUCAAUGCCCGAGCAACGGAAACAACGAUGGAGAAGAAAGGUGACUUGCAUUACAACAUUGCAGACGAAUAAUAACUCAUUUGCAUACAACAAACUCUUCUCGUUUAGGAGUAUGGUAGUUUAAUUCGAUAAUGGUGGUGAGGAUUUUGGGAUUAACUCGGGGAGAUGACGAGUCACCGAGGGAGAUCACGCGGAACAAUCAAUCAAUUGAUAAUGGCGGGGAGAACGGAUGGUUGAUUCGAUUUUUGGAUUCCGCUUUCUUCUCUGAGUGGAUUGCUGUUAGUUAUCUCUACAAACAUGAUCACUCAGGGGUUAGGGAUUAUCUCUGCAACCGUAUGUACACUCUUCCAUUAUCUGGCCUUGAAAGCUACUUGUUUCAGAUUUGUUACAUGCUUGUUCACAAGCCUAGCCCUUCACUUGAUAAAUUUGUCAUCGAUAUAUGCUCAAAAUCACUUAAGAUAGCACUGAAAGUGCAUUGGUUCCUUAUUGCUGAGCUUGAAGAUUCUGAUGAUAAUGAAGGAAUUGGUAGAAUCCAAGAGAAAUGUCAGAUUGCUGCCACUUUGAUGGGUGAAUGGGCACCUUUGGUUAGACUUCAAAAUGAUUCAGCUAUCAAUCUGGGAAAGAAUAAAGUACUAAACAGAUGGCAUUCCUCAAAGCAACGGUUACUGUCAUUAACAUCAUCUCACCAGUUUCGUAAGUCUUUUUCAUUCUCACCUUCUUCAGGGAACAAUUUGCAGGAUGAAGGUAGUAGUAGUAAAGCAUCCCAAGAUGAAAAUAAUAUGUUCAAGAAAUUUAUUCCUAGUCAAAAAGUCCGGGAUGCAUUGCGUUUUAGGAAAUCUGUAUAUAAGGAUAAUGAGGAAUCAGAAAAAGAUGGUUUUUUUACAAGACUUUUAAGAGACUCUAAAGAAGAGGAUGUAGGGACAUCCAUGGAAAGGGAUGAUGAAGACAAGGAGAAAGAUGGGUUUUUCAGUAGGUUUUUAAAAGAUAGUAAAGAUGAGAAUGAGGUGACAUCAAGCUCAGAUAGUUUUUUAAAAAGAAUAUUUAGCAAAGGCGAUUUGGAGUCUGUAGAAGGUGAUGAUGAUAAAGAAGGGUAUUUCAAUAAGUUUAUUAAAGAGAAAUUUGAAGACAAGCAGAAAGAUAUUGCUGCUAAUGAUGAUGAGGAAUACAAGGAGAAGCAACCUGGUUCACCAAAGCAAAAACAUGAUAGAUCCAAUCCUAAACCUCCAUUGCCAUAUACAAAUCCUUCACAAUUUCGUAAAGGAACAUAUCAUGAGUCACUUGAGUUUGUUCAAUCCUUGUGUGACACAUCAUAUUGUUUGGUAGAUGUUUUUCCAGUUGAAGAACGCAAAAGUGCUCUCUGUGAGUCACUCUCUGAUAUCAAUGAGCAUGUUGUUGCAGCUCAGAGUAGUGGAGGCUUGUGCUUUCCCAUGGGGAAGGGAAUGUAUCGUGUGGUUCAUAUACCAGAAGAUGAAGCCAUUCUUCUUAACUCUAGGGAUAAGGCACCUUAUCUAAUAUGUGUUGAAGUAUUAAAAAGUGAAACCUCAAGUAGCAACACAAAGGACCACAAACUUUCCAAGGGUAAUACCUCGUUAGCUAAUGGAGAUGCAAAUUUACCAAAACGCCCUCCGUGGGCUUACCCUUUACCAAAUAGACAAGAUAUGUAUCUUUCUAGUUUUAAUAAGAUUUCAAGAACCACUUCACAAGCUAUUGAUGAAGCAAUGAGUAGCUUGUGGGAUUCAAAUGCAAAGUUUGUUCAUGUGAGUCUUUUAGUGGAGAAUCAAAUAUCCAAGUCAAAGUUUGACCAUGAAUGUGGUCAAACUAGAGAUGAAGAUGAUGAUGAUGUGGAAUGGGUGAGGGUUGAGUUGAAAGCGGACCCUGGGGUCCACAUGGAUGACAUAGCGGUUCAGGAACCGCCACGUAGGCGGGAGCACCGCCGGGUCCCGAGUAUGGUUGCUUUUGAGGAAGUUAAGGCUGCUGCAUUAAGAGGAGGAGCACCUCCUGGACUUUGUGUAAAGAGGUCUAGUCAAGAGUCAUCAGAAGCAGAGUCAAAGGAUGUAUUAUCUGGUGAACUUUGGGAGGCAAAGAAAGACAGAAUUCGUCAGGCUUCAGUAUAUGGAAAGUUUCCUGGUUGGGAUUUGUUCUCGGUUAUUGUGAAAAGUGGGGAUGAUUGUAGACAGGAACAUCUAGCUGUGCAACUUAUUUCUCACUUCUAUGAUAUAUUCCAGGAAGCUGGACUACCUCUCUGGCUAAGACCAUAUGAAGUUCUAGUCACUUCUUCUUACACAGCUCUAAUUGAAACGAUUCCAGAUACUGCCUCACUUCAUUCUAUCAAAAGUAGAUAUCCUGAUAUCACAAGCUUACGUGAUUUUUUUAUCGCCAAAUAUCAAGAAAAUUCUCCAAGUUAUAAGCUUUCACAGAGGAACUUUGUGGAAAGUAUGGCUGGAUACUCCCUUGUUUGCUACCUUUUACAGGUGAAAGAUAGGCACAAUGGCAACCUUUUGCUUGAUGAAGAAGGUCAUCUUAUACACAUUGACUUUGGCUUCAUGCUCUCCAAUUCACCUGGGGGUGUAAAUUUUGAAAGUGCACCUUUCAAGUUAACACGUGAACUUCUUGAGGUUAUGGAUUCGGAUGCUGAGGGAGUUUCAAGCGAGUUCUUCGACUAUUUCAAAGUUUUAUGCAUCCAAGGGUUUCUGACAUGCCGAAAACAUGCAGAACAGAUAAUUCUACUUGUUGAGAUGUUGCAGGACUCAGGUUUCCCAUGCUUCAAAGGUGGUCCGAGAACUGUACAAAACUUAAGGAAACGUUUUCAUUUAAGUUUAACAGAAGAACAAUGUGUGUCCUUGGUGCUUUCUCUAAUUAGCAGCAGCUUAGAUGCAUGGAGAACACCCCCUGGACCAAGCAAGCUAUCUUUUCUUUCUGACUUAAUUAAUGGGGGGCAUGACUUAAUCCGACAACACCCAAUGGGAAACAAAGGAACAUAAUGCAAAGAUUUUUCUAGAUGAAAGGGAAAGGAUGACAAGUUUUUUGGCCCAUGGAUGACAUUUACCAUUUUUACCCUUUUUAGUGUACAGGGAAAUUUCAUGUGAUUAUAUUAGAAGCAAUAGUUCGAUUGCUUUAUCACCAGUUUUUUUUUUUUGCUACACAACCGCUAAUUAUUGUAUUUGUUGUAGUGUAUAGUAGUAGUAUGAUAAGUGUUUUUUUGAUGUUGUUUAUGUUGGACACUCUAUGUAUACAAUUGCAAGU